AUAAAAAUAAGCUAAGAUGUCUUACUAUUAUUCCAGUCCUUACUCUAGCAGAUAUGGGUGCGGUUAUGGACACUCAUGUGCUUAUGGCUAUGGAUCAAGAUAUCCAUCUUAUAACUAUGGGGAUUCUUACAGUUCUUCAAAUUACACCCCAUACAGAUCCUACUAUCACUCAGAUGUGUAUGCUCCAUACUACGGAAGCCAUUAUGGAAACUAUAACAGAGGAUAUUACGGAGGAUAUUCAGGAAGUCAUUAUGGAGGUUAUUACGGAUCCAGAUACUACUCUCCAUAUCACAGGUCAUCUUCCUACACCCCAAGAAGAACUUCUUACUAUUCACCAGGGUAUAGAAGAUCCUAUACUUCUCCACCAAGAAGAUUCACUAGAACUUAUACCACUUUGAGCUACUAAAUUGGUAAAAGAAGGUCAAAGCCAUGGAUGGUACUAGGACAGUUGGGUUGUGAGAGCUUUGCAAUUUUAACGGCUUCCUUCUAAGAUU